CUAUUCGCGAGGCAUCAGUUUGUAGUUCCUGCUCGCCCUCCCUCAGCAGCAGAAGGCCAAUCCGUGAUAGCUGGUGAUUAAAUAAGACGGUGGAAAUAAUAAGACCCAAUGGUGAACGCGAUCAAGGUCUUCAAGAAAAAAUCUCCAAAUGAGAAGAUCACAGCCUACCUGAGCCGGCGCGACUUCUCGGACCGCCGGACGCACACCGAUCCCGUCGAUGGCGUGGUCGCGGUGGACGCCGACUACCUGCAGGGUCGUAAGGUCUUCACGAGGGUGGUGCUCACGUACCGCUACGGCAGGGAGGAGGACGAGGUCAUGGGACUCAAGUUCAGCAAGGAGUUUGAACUCGUGCACGCCGAGGUCGUUCCUCUUGACAGCGAGAAGGGACUCACCGCCCUGCAGGAGAAGAUCGUCAAGAAAGUAGGAGGUAACGCGAUUCCCUUCAGCGUCGCCCUGCCCGACCCGGCGCCCUGCUCAGUCGCGCUCGACCCCGGCAGCGAUGAAUCGAGUAAAAUGCUGGGCGUUUCCUACGAACUGAGUUUCUACGUCUCAGGGGACAAGGAGGAGUCCCCCAAGCCCCAGGACACCGUCGCCUUCUCCGUCCGCAAGGUGCAGUUCGCCCCGAUAAACCCGGACCACCGCCAGCCCCAGCUCCUCGUCCGAAGGAACUACACCCUCGCCCCGGGCAGCCUCAUCCUCGACAUCAGCCUCGGCCGCGACAUCUACUUCCACGGAGACGAGAUCGAGGCCCACGUCACCAUCAACAACAACUCGAAGAAGACCGUGAAGGCCAUUGCCGCCGAGAUCGUCCAGCACGUGGACAUCACCAUGACCAACAUGUACUACACGCGCGUGGUGGCCUCCCUGGAGUCCCGCGACGGCUGCCCCGUCAUCCCCGGCGCGACCCUCUCCCGCUCCAUCGGCCUCAGGCCCGUCAUCGCCAACACCAAUCGCUUCGGCGUCGCCCUCGACGGCCAGGCCAAGGACAAGGACGCGAGUCUCGGCUCCUCCACCAUCUGCAACGUCAGCAGUAGCGUCAACGACUGCCUGGGAAUCCUGUUAUCCUACUCCUUCCGCCUGAGACUCAACUGCGGUGCCAUCGGGGGGAAAAUAUCCUGCGAGCUGCCCUUCAAGCUGAUGCACCCCGACCCUUCGGCGCCGACGGAGGAGGAUGACCUCGAGUUCGAAGACUUUGCGCGACUCCGGCGUGGAAAGUCCUUCGAAACCUUCGGAGAAUAAUUUUUUUUUUCAAGCCUCUUUCGUGUUUCUCUUGCUUUAUAUCUACUCGAUUUCUAGCAUUUUAAGGGAAGCUAUAUUUCUAAACUUGAUAUAUCAGCAAGAUUAUAUAGAUUGCAAAAUGAAUUACUCAUAGUAGAUUCAUAUUUAUAUAACGAAAAUGUAUAAUCAAUGUGAUAUAAUUUUAUGAUUUUGGAUAGCAUCAUAUUUUUUUAAUGCAAAUUUUGACCCUUGUUUGAUAUUCUUUUUACUCCCAGAGACCUCUUAUUGUCUGCCUUAUUGCAUGUCUAUAAUUUUAUGGUAUGGAUACAUAUUUAACAAAUAAAAUGAACAAACAUUUUCUAUUCCAUUAGCCGAG